GGAGGGGUUGAGCGGGGGAGAAAGACGAAGGGCGGGGAGGGGGGCUCCUACCACCGCAGGGUGCGCGGCUGAAUCACCGAGCGCGCCUCCGUCGGAUCUCCUCUUCCUACCGUCACACCCACUGCUCGGUGUUGUGGGUUCGCCCCGUUGAGAAGGGGAGGACCGACGUCUCUCGCGGCAGCAGCGAGUGCUGCAGUGCGAGCGCAGCGGGGGACUCGGAAGCGAGGAGAGAGGGGGGAGAAAAAAUACAAGCCCACAUCAGCUGCCUUAUUGCCGAAACUUGGUCUAUGGAGAGAUCUGCAACAGCGCCGUAGCGACGCAGGCCGACAUGGAAGAGUAUUUGCGGAGGGUCCAGAGCAGACUCGGGGCAUCAGAGGGUCCUGUCCAUGCUGUUUUAGGUGGACCUGAGCCAGAUGUUGACACUGUAGCAGCAACACUGUGCUUAGCUCUACACCUCAGCCAGAGAGAAUCGUCAGGUGGAGUGUGUGUGCCGGUGCUGUGUGGCUGCAGAUAUGACACCGUGUUGCCCGAGGAGACGGCGAGGUAUCUGAAGAGGGUGAAGCUUUGUGAGAGCUUGCUGCUUUGGAGAGACGAUGUAGACUUCAUGAGACUACAUCGUGCCGAAAGGCUCUCGCUCACACUGCUGAGAAAUGGACUGCUAGACAGCUCUGAGUGCCACGCUCUGGAGUCCAGCAUCCAGCGAGUGGUCCAUCAUGACGGGCAGCAGGACGCAGGGGAUGAUGGGGCAUUGUCCGCGGUGACGACAGUCACCAAAGAGAUUCUUCAAGAGGCAGCAGAGCACAUCAGAGCAACGCUGGGGGAGAUUCUUGGAGAGGCCCUGCGACUGCAGACGGAAGCCUUUUGGAUGAAACACGGCCGUCAUUCAGCACAGCUGGAGGAGCUCGUGAAAUCCCUGGAGCAAUGGGGGGAAGUCGCUGUUGGUGAGGAUGAUGAAGUGAAGUUACAAGAAUUGAUGCAGCAGCUGACUCUGGAGGUAAAGGAGUUUUCGGAUGGAGAGAUGACCGUAGCACUCACUUCGAUGACUACAGAUAAGGAGGAGUGGCAUGAUUAUCUGGAUGUGCUUAAAUCGUUCAGUCACCACCAUAGGUUCGAUGGUAUUGUGGUUCUCUUAUCCAUCAGUGAUUCAGUUCACCAUCCCCGCCAGCAGGUGGCUGUCUACUCAAACAACACAGAUAUCCUGAAACAGAUCUGCUCCGAGCUUGAAGAAUCCUCCAGCUGGUCUCUUUCUGGUGAACUGGAGGCUCUGGAGAGUCUUCAGGUUUAUCAUAUUCCACUGAACACCUCUGCAUCCUCUGGUACUCCACCACUGCUCGCGGAGGAGAUCCAGGGCAUCCUUAAGGACUUUGUCGACCGGCGUAGUUCUGUUUUAGCCUGCCACCCCAGCAGUAGGACCUCUUCCACAGAGGGAGUAGCAGGCAGUGUGGAGUUCUCCCAGGGAUCGUCUGGUAUCAAUGACAUGGAUGGUUCAGACAUAGAGAGAGCAGAAGGAGGCAAUGGCGACACAGUGGCAAUAGCAAGGGUAAUGGGAGAUGGUGAAGAGGACGCAGGAGGUGCAGGUGUCAAUGUCGGUGGGGAGCUAGUGAGCCCUGACAGUGGAAUGACCACCAUUCGUAGCAGCCGCUCCUCCAAAGAGAGUUCGGUUUUCCUUAGUGAUGACAGUCCAGUGGGUGAGGUGAUAGCUGGUGGUGGUCCAGCAGCAGGGCCAGGAGGACUCUUUCUGAGAAACCCCUCUCCUUUGGGGUUGUUAUCUCUUUCCCCUCCUGUCCCACCAGAGAGAAGGAAACACCGCUCGAGCAGACAAAGGAGUGAUAACUUUGACCUGUUUCAUUUUGACCCGCUGCAUAGCAGUGACCAGUCUAUGCCAGCAGGAGGAGAAGUGGCAAAUUCUGGAGAAAGAGGAGAUGAAGAUGAAAGAAGAGCAGGGAGCUCUAGUCUGUCAGAGCUUGACGAGCUAAGCUUUCUUGAUUUCUCUGCUCCCAACUCAGUGGGAGGUCUUGAAAGUGGAAAUUGUUCAAUUGAUCGCCGUGGUUCAAGCCAUGGGAAUGAGAUGAUUGACACCGUGGUCCCUCCAACCCCGGUCAAUAGCCUGGUUGGUAGCCGCCCACCCAGCAGUUGUGGCGUCAGGUUCUUUCCAGAAGAUGUUGUUGAAAGGAUCAAUUGCCUACAGCAUAAAGACAGUGUGUCAUCUUCUUUGUCGGAGACCUGGGAUGAACUGGGCUUUGACACACAAGGAGCAUUGUCCUCAAGUGAUAAUAAUAUGUGGAAUAGACCCAAAGAUUCUGAGAGCCCACCUAAUAUUUUAGAAGAAGUUGGAGGCAAAGACUUAGUCGGUAACAUGACAGAAAAGGAAAGCAGACAAGAGAUCUUAAAGUCAGAGAAUUCUCACCACAAAGGGAAAAGUCUUGAACCUCAGCUUAGUUUGAUCACAGAGCAGACUGAAUCCUAUGAAAACUGGAACCCCGAUUCUGCACUUAAGGGUGAGUGGAAACCCAUUACUUUGGUUGAUCUCCAGCUGACACCACCAGAGGAAGACUUAACUGGAAAAGGCAAACCUGCUAUUAUUGGAGCACAAGAAAGAGCAGCUUUGGCCACAAAGAAAACAAUCCUGAACACUUUAACACCAGACACGUCUAAAGAAGAGGACGAAGGGGUCCACGGAAAAAAAAGAGAGCAACAGAUGGAGCUUUUAGACUUCUGGACGUACUCUGCACAGAAGGGAUUUCUUAAAUCUGAUAGCGGGACCACCACGUCUUACCCCGAAUCACUGGAUAUGUGGAAUAUGACAAUCCGGGAUGACAGUUUAUCACCUCUCACAACCCCUGAGAACUUAUCUCAAAACUCUGGUUCUUUCUGUGGAUUGAACACCAAUAUCGAGGGUGGAACAUCUGUAGAAAGUCCACUAGGAUACUCAGAUGGUGGAAUGGAGAUGUGGAACACCACCAUACAGGAAGAUAGCUCUUCCGCAUUGACGACUCCAGAAGCACCUGAAAAUGGAAAGGACCUUAGUCACAUGGAUUCAGUGGAUCCCAGUGACACUGUCGGGACACAUGCCAACAAAAAGGAAGAAGAAGAAGCCAAUUUAGAAGAGAAAAAUGAUACGUGUGAAGCAUUUAAGCAGACUUCUGAAGUUGUGAAAAUAAUCAUCGAGGCUGCAGAGGGAACAAUGCAGAGUGAAGAAACAGAAGGCAUCGAUGUACAAGGUGCUCAGAGUCGCAAGAACUCUGCAGAAGAUGACGAUGACACAUCCACCUAUGAGGGCACUGACGUGUGGCAGUUACCCAUCUGUGGCAUGGUGACCUCUACCUCUGAAUAUGACAAUGUAGGAGCAGGUACGUGGAGCCUGGCAUCCUCCCCUGACACCUCUGGCUGCCCUGUAGCAGACAUGAUACAGCUUGAGGAGCAGUCUAGCCCUUUUAUAGCUGUGAGCAAACCCAUUCUGACAGAUCAGAGAGUAGAUAUCACAAAUAAAGAACAGCCAGACGACCAAGUGUUUCUGUUUGAGGCAGCCAGUGAGAUGGGUGGCCGAAGCAGAGAAGGAUCAGAGGAGAUUGAGUGGAUAGAGCAACCCAGAGAUCAUUCCCCAUUUCUUCUGGUCAACUGCUCCACCGGCACUCGGCAAAUUUCACAGUGUCCAGAGGAAGCUGCUGAACCACAAAUCCAGGCUGAACAAACAUUCCCAGCCUAUGUGACGACCAGUGAAGGUGAGCAGGUGGGAGCUACAGAUGAGAUCAGUAGACAUGUAGAUGGAAAAACAACAGAAACUGUAUCUCUGAGCGUCAGUCCUGGUGGCGAGAAGGACCUACUGGAAAACCCAGACAGUGGUCGCACAGAUAGUCCAGAUGAACUUGGCCUAGAAAUGGAAUACAUCAUCGUAUCUGGCACAGUAAAAGAAGCUACAAAAGAGUGGCAUGACAGAACUAAACAGAGUGAAAGGCAAUCAAAGGGAACAAAGAAGUCCCUGGAGACAUUUAGCAUGCUGUCCUAUGCUGCCUCGGUACUGCAACGUCAGGCUCAAGCUGCAAAACCAAAAUAUGACAAAGACACACCGCCAAGUAAGCUACACCAAGUCAGAGGAACCGACAGUGCUCCCAAUACAGACCAAAAUCAACCUGUCAGAUCAACUCAUUACGAAGCAACUCGUGAUAGUGCCACUGACUCUCAGGUGGUUCCAGAAAUUAUCAGUCCCAGCCAAUCGAAAAAUGACUCCGAAGCUUUUCAUCAGUCUGAUUCAAGACCAAGCUCCAGUCAGUCAGAAGGAAAUUAUGACAGUGAGUCAAGCAUUGUGCCCCGCAGUGUGUCUCCAUCAUUAAGAUAUCCAUCAGAUCACUUCUUGAAAACCAGAGAGGAGGUUUAUGUCCACUCACAGAUCUCGAUGGAAGAUUCAGACGAAGGCGGAGAGACGCCACCGGCUCCUUCUCCAUGUCCUGCUUCCUUGGGUGACUUCCAAGUCUGGGGGGCUCAGUUAAGGAGAGAGGACACAUCCCAAACCACGUCGGAGCCACAAUCCCCUGUGCUUACCAACAGUUCGGCCUCUCAUGCCAGCUCUCUGAUAAGCACCCCAGUAAAUGAAACGAGUAUUUCCAUUGACAAAAGACUCGGAUUACCAUUUUCUGGAGAUUUAAUGGAAGAGGAAAAUGACGAUGAGGAACAGGAUGAGGAAACUGACACACUAGAGAACGCUGUCCUUCCAAAAUGGACUUCAGAAGUGCAAAGAGAGAGGGAAGAAAGACAAGAGUUUGCAUCUUCAGACCUGCUGAGCUUUAGUGAUGACCUGAUUGGAGGGUCUUCAUUUCAGCAAGCAGGAUUACAAACACAUGAGCAAAAGAGAGAUGGGUUUCCACUGAACAGAGUGGAUUACUGUGAUGGACGACCUAUAAGGACUGAAGAUUGGGAUAAAUGGUCUAUUGAACAACAGCCUGGAGACACUGGAGCUUCACAAGAUAAUUAUUUACCUGAUUUAAGAAGACACCAAGACGUAGCACCAGAACUGUCAUCCCACCCUGCUCAAGAAAAUGCCGCAUACCAGUGGUCCGGACAACAGAACACAACUCAGGGUCAAACCCAGUAUGGCUAUAACUAUCAUCACAUCGACCAAAGAACUGAAAACCAGUGCACCUAUCCAGCCUUUGUAGAGAGCAAAUCCAGCCGACAGCAGGAUGCCACUGACGUCUAUGCCGAGUUUACAACUGAUGCCACGGCUACAAAAUACAGAUACGAGCAGACUGAUAACUAUUUUGAAGCUGGAGAUAAAUCUCCAAACCGCUUGGGUGACACACACUUCAGGUGUCAGGACACAGCUGAAAGUCAGUAUAUAGUUGCCUCCACCUCUUUGUGCACUUCUGACUUCCAAUACUCUCAGUAUCCAGCUAACAGCCAGGGUCAGUAUGAGUCUCAGUCAGACCAUGCUCAUUAUCAGUCUGAAGGGAAGGCUUUCUAUCAAUCAGAUGUCCACACUGAGACAGAGGAUCACGCACGGUAUGUGCUGGAGGGAUAUGUUCAUUUUCCCCUGUCAAGACACUCCCAACAGGAAGUUGGUGCAGCUGGGAUGAUGAUGAAGAUGGCAUCCAAUGAAGACGCUACAGAUGACAUGGAAAACAAAGAAGACCAGCCCUCCUCAGCUGAUAUAUCUGGCGGGUCCAAUCAAAGGAGAAAGCUGGCAGCUCCACCAAUGAACGUGUCCCUGGACCACAGCGAGGGGUCUCUUCUUUCAGAAGACACCCUGGAUACAGAGGAUGACGGCUUGGAUACUGGGGAUGACCUGGAUGUCAACUUAGAUGAGUUGGACACACCUGACGAGGCCGACUCACUGGAAUUUAAUAAACAUGGGGACUCAGAGGAAUCCGUUUUGGGUGCUGGAGCGGCAUCAAGAGAUCCGGGCCACAGAGCAGCAGAGGAGAGCAGGCUGUGGAGGAGUGUGGUGAUCGGAGAGCAGGAGCACCGCAUUGAUAUGAAGUGCAUUGAACCCUACAAAAGAGUCAUUUCUCAUGGAGGUUAUUACGCUGAACAGAAAGCCAUCAUUGUGUUUGCUGCAUGUUUCCUACCAGAGAGCAACUGUGACAAUUACAAUUAUGUCAUGGAAAACCUUUUUCUAUAUGUGAUAAGUACACUGGAAUUAAUGGUAGCUGAGGAUUACAUUAUUGUUUAUCUAAAUGGCGCUACACCUCGCAGGAGAAUGCCUGGUUUUACCUGGAUGAAAAGGUGCUACCAAAUGAUAGACAGAAGACUGAAGAAAAACCUAAAGAUGUUCAUCAUUGUUCAUCCGUCCUGGUUCAUACGGACUUUGCUAGGAAUUACCAGACCCUUCAUAAGUUCCAAGUUCAGCAGUAAGAUCAAGUAUGUGCAUAGUCUGCAGGAGCUCGGAGAAAUCAUUCCUAUGGAGUAUGUGCAUAUACCUCACAGCAUUGUCAGACUGGACACAGAAUUGCAGGACACAGCAGCAGAGUAAGUGAGUCGACAAGGGGAACUCUGCUGUGUGACGAGAUAUUUGGCUGCUGCCCUUCUUCUUCUCCCCGUGCUAUGCUGUACUUGAGCACGGCAUGUCUGAAUUUGAAGCCAGCCUGUAGUAUGACACAUGCUCAGCUGUUACAACAACAUGUAACUCAGAGAGGAUGAUGCUGUGGUACAAAACAUCAGGAAAAAUCUCAUUCAGAUCUGAGGGUGCCGAAUAUACAGUAAUACUUUGGUUGUGGUGCAGAGGCUGUACUGUGCUGAAGGGAAACGCUUUAUACUAUAAUACAGUACUCUCAGCACUU